AUGAACAAAAAAAUGAUGAUGUACAGCAAAAAAAUAGAGCUCCCAAAGACUGUUUGCUGUAAAUACUUUAAAGAAAACCUGACACACAAGCAGAAAGAUAGACAAUCGCGAGCUAUUUAUAAAGAUACUAUCACAAAGAUCAAGAAUCUUCCUGGUACAAGUAUUGAAAUGAAAGAGUACUUAGAUACCCUGGUCCAUGAAGUAAAUAUACAAGCAGACAACCAAUAUAUCAACUACGGAUAUAUCGAAAGCCAAGGUCCCACCAAUAUUACAAUAAUCAGAGGGAAGAAAAGAAGAGUCAGUAAAGAGAAUGACUCCAGCAGGAACCCUUCUGAUAAUAAGGAUAGUUCUGACUCUGACAGCUCGUAUCAGCGAACACCAGUAUCACCACCAUCAGUAUCACUACACAGCAGUCAAUUAGAAGAACUUGACUCCUUCGUGUCUGAUAAGUCGGAUAGUACUUAUCUAACCGAAGAAUCAAAACCCUAUGGAGAUAUCUUAAAAACAAGAAAAUAUAUUUUAACGUUAAAUGAAGUAGAUGCUGGAGAUAAUGAUGGAAAAGAAGUAUAUAAUUAUGACACCAACAGCUCAUUAUGUGAAAGAUUAAAUAUAUCUAGUAUAUGCUAUAAUGCUGACUCAUCUGAUAUCUAUGAGCUUAAACCAGAAGUACUAGAUGACGAUGAGUACAAAAAGAUGAAAGACUGGAGAAUGAAAGUAAAGAAAUGCCAGCUUUAUUUUCCACCAGCCGCAGCCACACCAAAACAGCUACAUCUAAAUACCUUUCUUUGUACUCUGACAGACACUAUAGUCCAUGAAAAAUCCCAACAAGAAAGAAAGAGUGAAAUAGGAUUUACAAUUGAUCAUGUAUCUCCUUUACUUAAAUACAUCUUCCCUGCGAAAGGUGUGCUAUCCUGCAAGUGGGAAAGGUCCUCAACUUUACAAGCAAGCACUGCUUGUAAAAAAGUUCGAACGGACCUUAUUUUAAUCGCAAAUGGACAAGAAGUUGGCUGUGGUGAGAUAAAAACACCAUGUCCUACCUCUCAACUACUGGAAGAAGAUCGAUCUCGUAUAGCAGAAACUUUAAAAAGACAGUUGCAUGCUCGUAUCAUGAAGAGCAAGGACGUAAAAGAAUUUUUUACUUUUGGUAUAAUAUUUGACGGGUUCAACAUUGAACUAUACAUGAUGAUUUUCGACUUCCAAAGAACUCUGCCUUAUCAAUUUUAUUAUGUUGAACGGGUGAAACUUCCAACCUCAUUUGAAUCCUAUAACAAUAUGGAAGAGACAAUUGAGUAUCUACUAAGUUUUAAGAAUUUAAUCCUUUCUAGUUUGGCCGGUGAAGAAGACAUGCACAAACCUUAUGCUUAUCAUAAUUUUACUCGUUUAUUUAAACCAACAAUCGCUUUUAUAAAAGAUUAA